CGCGAGAGAAGCCAUUCUGUCCCAAGGUGCUGUGCGGCGGUGGCGGCGCUGCUGUGCUGUGCGGUGUUGGGCAUGUCAAGCAACCUCUAAGCUACCCCCCUCCUAAAGGACUAAGCAGAACCUGCCCACACAGAAACGCACACCACACGGUGCCAGCAAGGAACCAGGAACAGGGAGACACGACUGUCUCUCAGAACGGAAACUGUAACUCUCUCCUCCUCUCUGGGAAUCCACCAUCCUCUCCUGAGCAAGGUGCAACUUUCCACCAACAAAUUUGGUACUACAGGGCCUUCUCCUGACGACUUUGACUCCUCUGACGACAGAGACUCCAAAAGUACAAGACUAGACAAGACUCCCAAACUGCCCUUUGUGUUGACAGAAGAGAUUGAAAGAUGGCCAAUCCUCAGUGGAAGACUCCACAAUCACCUGUGGCAAUCUACAGCAGCCCUGAGAGCCCCCAGUCCCCCAUGUACUCCCCGCAGCCCAACUUCGACACGGUGUACCAGCGCGUGAACGGUGUACGGGAGACGGGAAUCAUUGAGAAACUGCUCCACUCCUACGGGUUUAUCCAGUGCUGUGACCGGGACGCCCGCCUGUUCUUCCACUACAGUCAGUACAAGGGAAAUGUGGACAACAUGAAACCAGGAGAUGAGGUAGAGUUUGAGAUGAGUCUGGACCAGCGCACAGGGAAGCCCAUCGCCUGCCGCGUCCUCAAGCUACAAUCCGGCUCGGUGACCUUCGAGGUCAUGAGCGAGGAACGUGUGAUGGGACUAGUCACCACCGAGGCCAAACCGGCUAGAAACAAAUCUCCUGCAGAAGUUGGUUAUGUUGCAAUCCAGGUGGGAAACAGGAGAGAGCCAGGGUUGUCAGGGCUGGAGGGUUACAUGGGGAAAUCAUCAUACUCUGGAAAAUGGAGUGAUGGUGGUGAACCUUUACUGUUGCAACCACAGUUACCGCCCACGGAAAUGGGUCGCGUCUCGUACGAGCAGGCCGGGGAACACUUCUACAUCCCGUACGGCGUGGAAGACGUGGAGGGCGGCGCUCAGCUGAAGAAGGGCGACGAAGUUUCCUUCUUCAUCGCAACUGACAAAAGAGUGGAGGACGCUCAGCAAAAAUCGUGGCGAGACAAGCCGGCCAAGGUGGUGCCGGAUCCCAGGAACGGGAAUGUGCGUGCCAGGAAAGUGCAGCUGAUCUCCUCCGUGCCUGUGGAGCGCUACAUGGGCGUGGUCUGCAGUAUGAAGGAGUCCUUCGGCUUCAUCGAGAGGGCUGACGUCGUGAAAGAGAUUUUCUUCCAUUACAGCGAGUACCCUGGUGACAUCCGUGAGAUUGAGCUUGGAGACGAUGUAGAGUUCAGUAUUGCAACAAGAAAUGUAAGAAAUGGUAAGGAGGUGGCCACCCACAUUAAGAAACUGAUAGAAGGCACGGUCGUGUUUGAAGAUGUCAGCAACGAGCGGAUUCGGGGGAAGGUGAUCAAGCCCCUUCCUCGGGGCCCACAGCGCAGACAGGACUUCCUUUCUUCCCAACAGAGCGACCCGUUAUCCGGCCGGCUUUCCUACGAAGCCGCGGACGGGACCAAGGACAUCCCGUUUGGCGACCGUGACCAGCGGUCGGAGUGUUCGCUACAAGUGGCGGACAUCGUGGAGUUUAACAUCGCCACCGACCGCCGAGACAAACUGCAGCGGGCAACCAACAUCGACCUACUGCCGGAGACCUUCCGUACUACCGGAGAGAAGAGAGAGAUGGGACUUGUGGCGGCGAUGAAGGAAGGCUUUGGGUUUAUCAAGUGUGUGGACCGAGAUGCCCGCAUGUUCUUUCACUUCAGUGAACUGCUGGAUCCAAUGAGAGAACUGCACAUAGGAGAUGAAGUGGAGUUUACUGUUGUUCCGGAGUGUGAUUCCCGUUUGUCGCAGGACCCGUCCUCUUCGCAGAGGAACCACGCCAUCCGCAUCAAGCCGCUCCCCAAGGGCACCGUGUCCUUCCACAAGGUGUCCUCCGAGCGACUGCUGGGCGUGGUCGACAAGGAGGCCGUCUCCGCAGGCAUGCCCAACAUGAAGGGCUCCAAGAGUCCCAAAAAACAGCAGGACAGGGACCUUGAGCUGGGGACUAUCCUGUAUGACAUCUGUGGGGAGAAGGAGACCAUCACGUACCACCUCCGGGACACAGACCCACGAUCAACACCUCAACAGGGCGACCAGGUUGAAUUCAGCGUGUCCGAGCAGAAGAAGACAGGGACCAGACUAGCUGUGAACAUCAAGGUACUGAACCGCCCGUCUGCACAGAGGCUGCAGGGCUUCAUCGCUACGCUGAAGGACAACUUUGGCUUCAUCGAGACCGCCAAUCACGAGAAAGAGAUAUUCUUCCACUUCAGUGAGUUUGAUGGAGACAUCUCAGUACUUGACCUGGGUGACGAGGUGGAGUACAGCACGGUGAGGAAGAACAACAAGGUGUCGGCCGAGCGGAUCUUCCGCCUGGCCCCCGGAACCAUCGUUGCAGAGGAAACGGACCCUACCAUUCUCCACGGGAAGGUGGUCCGUCCACUGCGCAGCAUCGACCCACAGCAGCCCGAGUACCAGGGGCUGAUUCAGGUCACACAUGAAGAUGGGUCGGAGAACGGUGAUGCGAAGACCUUCCCGUACGGCAUCACCAGCCUGGCGGACAAGCGGGAAUUCCUGCAGAAGGGCGACGUGGUGAACUUCCAGGUGGCCACCGGCUCGAGCGGGGAGGAGCGCGCUGCCAGGGUGCAGGCAGUCAGGAAACGGGUCCGAGGGUCUGUCGACACCAUCAAGGGACAGUUUGGCUUCAUCAACUACGAGGUUGGAGACAACAAGAAGCUGUUUUUCCACCUGAGUGAAGUGCAUGAUGGGAGUGACCUGUCGCCGGGAGACAAGGUGGAGUUUGUGGUGGUGUGUAACCAGAAGAGCGGCAAGUACAGCGCCUGCAGUGUCAAAAAGGUUGCAGGGGGUGACGUUGUGACGGCGCGUCCGGAACGGCUGCUGCACCGGCUGAAGUCCGUGAACGUGGAGAAUGACAAUGGCCCGCGCCUCGUCGUGCUGCGCCAACCCAAGGGGCCCGACUCCGGAAACUCCAAGGGGUUCAUCUUCCAGAGGUCAUCCCACAAGCCUGGAGAGGCCCCUAACGACAUCACCAUGAAUGGGCACAGCACCACCAACGGAAACUGAACUCAAGACAACAACAACAACGACGAACAGCACUACCACCGCUGUACCAAGUGACCACAGCAACUUUGCUGUGUAGUAACAGAAACCAAGUAUAACGCAACCACCACCAACGCUUCAAAUUCAAACUAAGAUUUGUCCUGAACUAAAACUAAACUAAAGCAAGCCACAUACAUGUAGUGUAAACUGUGACUGCCAUUUUUACCAGCAGUUCACAGUCACACACUCCUUGGUCUGAUCUUCUUUUUCCGGCUUUGUCUUUUUCUUCUGUGCAAACAUUCUGCUUUCUUCCUGCAUAACACUUCAAAUACUAAUUGUAACUCUGUGAACAAAAUCUGGUAGUAGUAGGUGAACAAUAACUUUAUCAUAACUUUCAAUUCAGUGAAAACAAGGUUUUAGGCCUGACUGCAUAAAAAUAAGAGUGCUUUCUUCAACACCAAUCUUAGAAAGUCAGGAUAAAAAACAUGCUAAUAGCAUCUCUUAUAUGUCCUCUGUCAUUUCUCUUUCUAUAGGAUAUACUGGCCAUACUCUCUUGUGAAGUAUUUGAUUCCAUUCUGCAAUAUUUCAUGUCUCACUUUUCUAUCUGAGCUAAAAGAUGUACCUGACUUGACGUGACAUUUGUUAAGGGUAAGGAGAUGUUAUAUUUUGAUCAUCACGUGUCAUGUCAGUUUGAGAUUUUGAUUUAACUCACCCAACCAAGCAUCAUGGGAAAAUGUGUUUGUAUUCAUGAGAACUAUAGAGAGAAAGUUCAGGGACUUCCACUUGUUUCUGAUCAUACUAUCAUGGAGGAGUAUUCUUGGAAUGGAAGGAAUUACAUUUGUGGUGUACAUCUGUAUUUUGACAUUGUGAAUGCUGUAUGCAUCUGUGAUACUCUCCAGUGUGGGGACGUUCCCAAAAGUUCAUCCUAAACUCUAAAGAUCAUGAUUAUCAUUUACAACUUCCCGAGACAAUUUGACAACAUGAUAACUUAACUUCUUAAGAUUCAGGUUUUUUUUAUUUGCAUCUGCUGCUGGUAUGCAAAGUUCUCUCCUCAUAUGACAAUGUAAUCUUUAAUCAAGAAUAAGAAGAACUUUCCUACAAUUGGAACUUCUGUCCGGGAAUUGAAAAUUCUUUGGAAUUGGAAAUUUUUUCUGGAAUUAGAAUUUCUUUUCUGGAAUUUAAAACUCUUUCUAGGAAUUGAAAAUUCUUUUCUGGAAUGGGAAAUUUUUUUCCAGGAAUUGAAAAUUCUUUCUUGGAAUUGAAAAUUGUCUCCGGGCGCAUGCCUUUCUGCUGCUAUUUCCCAUGAUGCUUUGUGGUGAGGUGAUGGGUACAGUCAUCAAUUCCCGAUGCCAAAGCAUUCGGCUAGGAUGCAUACAGAAGUACGAAUUCCAUGGAAUGAUAGUUUUGCCCCUUCUACAAGAACAAUGAAGGGGAUAUGUCUCAGAUUAACGUAUGUACUUUUUAUUGACAACUAACUUGUCUUCUCAGAGUAGGUGACUAGUCUUUCAAAAACCAACCAAAAUGGUUAUUGCGGAAGCAUUUCAUUUGAAAGCUGAAAAAUUUGAAAAAGUCGACAAUAAGUAGUGAUCAUGAUGAGAAGAGUACACCUAUAUGUGUGAUGAUCACAAAUUGUAGAUACUGGGAUGAUAGUAAUCUUUGAGAAAUAAACCGAGAAAAAAAAUUACAAAAUUUACAAAACAACAAAAAACAGAACAAGGUUUCUAACUAAGCCUGCAUGUGGAAAUAUAAUAAUCCUGCCAUGCUGUUUGCAUUUCAAAAAAAAAACUGUGCAAAAAAAAAAUUCAUGAAAAAAAAAACAACAAAAUUGCACAAGAAGAAAAAGAAUGUGGAAGUGUUCAGGAGAGGAGCAAUGAUUUAAAAUUACAUCAGUGCAAAGUGCUUUGAUUGGAUCUAGAGUUUCCUGGCAGUUAUCCUUAUGACAAUCACUGCCCCCCCCCCCAAAAAAGCUUGCAAUUCCUGUAAAUUCAUAAUCAGAACCCUCUAAACAUGACCAAUUUGUUGCAAUAGUUGAUAUUGCUGAAAUCUUGACCUUUGGCAUCCCUUAAAGUCAAACAAGUAUUACAAGGCAUAUUGCAAUCCUAGGAACCCUAGAUGUUUAGUAUAUUAAAGAAUAUUACAGCCAUUCUCCCAGCAAUUUUGCUUUGCUAGUUUUCUGCGAAUUUCUUUUGUAUCAAGUGUCCAACUUAGGGUUUAUAAGAAAUCCUCUUUGUAGCCAUAUUAUUUUCUACUUGCUUUGCAUAGACUAAUGGAUUUUUUUAUUAGCUGGGAGAAAGCUCAAUUUGAUGAAUGAUACGUGUAUUUGGAAGGCAAUCCACAACUACAAAAAAGAACUUGCAUAUUAUAUAUGCAGGCAUGCUUGCCAUGUUGCCAAUAAUGUAAAGAGUGAUUCAAAAAGAGAUACGACACUUAACCAAAAGCAUAGCUUUUGAUAGCAGCAGCAUAAAUUUCUCAAACAUACAGGUUUACACAAGCCUUUAGGUUCUUCCCAGUUCAAAUAUCUGGAAAGUUUUCUUUCUAAACAUUUUGUCCCAUGUGUAACAAAUGGCCUAUACUGCAAAGGCCCAUCUUUACAUUCAAUGAUAUGUUGUUUUUUUUCUUGUAAGGUGUAGCACACUGCAUCACAAGUCUAUUUUCAACAUACAGGUUAUGCGUACAAAGUGAAAAUAUCACAGAGAGCACUUUUUGUACUAGAUUGUUAACGUUCCAAGCAUUCUUGUUACAUUAUGUAUCCUCAGGUUAAUAUGAGCAUGGUCUCUUGCCAUGCAUCUAUAUUGGUGAAACGUUUUUUCUGUUCUUCAAGGCAGUGUAACACAUACAUACACACGUACAUACAUAGUAAGAGCACUGCAAAACCCACAGCUAUAAGAAUCACCCUCAAGUAAUACCUAAUGUAGGGCCUCACAAUACAUGAAAACUUUGUAUAGAUACAGCGCCCUUCGUUCACUAUAAUAAUUACAUUGUGAACAACUCCAUGCUGAAUUGUUUCAAAAGAGUAUUUUUAGACCAGAAAGUGUUUAGAGGAACAUGACAUGAAGGAUUUUGUAAGCAAUGCCAACUGAACUGAACUAAUAAAAUUCCCUUCAGCAAGAAGUGUUGGAAGGAAAUAUAAGACAUACUGUAGUAUUGGAUCCAGCAUUGAGAGGUUUGCCUACAACUCUUGGGAGGAAAAUGCCUUUGUUGUACCCAAGUGUGAGGGGAAAAUGGGUGAAAUAACUAUGUUGGAUAUUUCAUGACCACAAUUCACGUUGUGUAGUUCAUCUUCCUCUAAACGACUUAGAGCCAAUUUUGUAGACAAAUAAGUCCAUGGUCCUUUGUAGUUUAACAUCUAUUAGCAAGUACACAUUCUAAGUAUGAUACUUCCUGAAAUAGCCAUAGCAGUGCAUCUUUCUUUCUUCACUCCACUGUACUUUCUUUUGAAAAAAAGUGUUUGAAAACUUGAAAUUCAUAAAUAUAACAGAUACCUUGGUUAUUUCUUAAAGUAAGACUUCACUGUUUUGACCAUCAGUGGUUUCAGAAGUCUAAUCUUUUGUUCAAACUCUUGAGCACUUCUUGUAAGUUGUAGAUACUUCUCACUUCUGCUGAUGCACCAACUUUUGAGUUCUGUUCAAGGUACAAAAUGUAGUUCAUAUAUGCUACAUACUAUGUGACCCUUUCAGGCUUAGUAACACAAAGAGUACUAGACGCUUGAGUUGUAAUACUGGCUUUCAUUUCCGGUUACCAAAGAGACCAUGCAAUGGCUAAUAAAAGACAAAGAAAGGC